AUGUAUACAACUUCACUGCUGCUGUUGGCAUUAAUUGAAGCAAUUGUCAGUGAACUGAUUCCACGUGAACUGCUGUUUAGCAGUCCGCGAUAUUCUGGUGUAUCGUUAAGUCCUGAUGGACGUUUAAUUGGUUAUCUGGCUUUGGAUUCCAAUGGUGUCAGAAAUGUGUUCAUCAAAUGUGUCACCUGUAAAUACACAGAUGUUGUAACUUUUGAACGCGAGCAUAUUGCUGCUUUUUACUGGACUGGUGUUCCAAGUCUGAUUAUAUAUUCAAAGGAUACUGAUGGUGAUGAAAAUCAUCGUUUAUAUAAAUUAAAUAUUACUAAGGCUAAUGUUUUAAAUAAGCCAUAUCCAAUUAGUGAUCGUACUGAUGUAAAAGCAGUAGUUAUUGCCAACAAUAUUCUAAAUUCAAAAAUUAUUGUCGGUCUAAACGAUGAAGUACCACAAUAUCAUAAUGUUUAUGAAUUUGAUUUAAUUACCAAUGAGAUGACAAUGCUUAUGCACAAUAGACGAUUCCCGUUAACACUAAUCCUUGAUAAUGAUCCAAAAAUUCGUUUAGCUGCA